AUGGAUUCAACGACGCAGCCCUCCCACAAGAACAUGGGAACCUGGAUAAGCGUGAACACGGCUUGGUGCGUGUUGGUUCAUUUGUAUUCAGACUGUGACCAGGUCUGUUUCGGUUACAGGAGCACCAACAAUGGCGAACUAUCGGCAAGCUCUGUCAUAUCCUACCUUAUUCACAAAGAAGACACGCUGAAAAAAAUUGCCAUCGAGUUGCAACAUCUGGAGGCAAGACAGGAUGUUUCUGCUUCACUGCCAAGCUCUUGGAACACGGCGACACGGUUUGCUAAAAAACACGGCAAUCGAGUUGACGAGAAGGACGACAUUGCCGAAUUACUGCCUUUAGGUGUGGACCUUGUUCUUGAUGUCAUUGAAAACCAGGAUGGAACUAUCAGCAAAUACAAAAUGAUAUAUCGACUAUCCUUCAUGUCAGACAACGAGGCUCAAAACGUCGCAGCGACACUCAAGUAUCUAAUUGCUCUUUUCCACACCAAUCCCAACCAAAAAAUUGCCAAUCUUGGACCAAGCGACAGAGACAUCAAACAAAUCAUGUCAUGGUAUCCUCAUUCCGGGCUCAAACAAAACGCCCGCUUAAUCCAAGAUGUCUUUUCGGAACAAGUUUACAGUCAGCCGAACUCAAUGGCUAUUGACGCAUGGGACGGCCAGAUGACGUAUGCGGAGCUCGAUGAGGCCUCGGACAAACUCAAAGUGAAGCUUCACCAAGAGGGCCUCACCAAGGGCACGGGUGUGAUCCUAUGCUUUGAAAAGUCCACGUGGAUGGCUGUCGCGAUGCUGGCCGUUUUAAAGGCAGGGGGUUUCUGUUCGAAUAUAGAUCCAGGUUACCCCAAAAAUCGUGUCGUACAGAUCAUCAAAGCAACAGAUGCCAAGUUUCUGUUGGUUUCCAAAGCGCAAGUGGAAACAUUUAAGGGUUACGAGAUACGGCAGUCCCGCGUAAUUCAGGUACCGAGCAACGGACAACCUCAAAAUAGCCAUGAUUGUCAUGGCGCGCUCAACGACAGCCAGCAACAAGAAAGAGCCAAUCCAGAGACCACAGCAUUUGUCGUUUUCACCUCCGGCAGCACGGGGGUACCGAAGGGUAUUGCCGUCACGCAUACCAAUGUUUGCACUGCUGCUUCGGCACUAGGGGAUGCGUUUAGUGUUGGCAGUUCCACCCGCACACUCCAGUUUGCUGCACACUCUUGGGAUGUGAGUGUGCAAGACUACAUGGGAUCAUUACUGCGAGGUGCAACCGUGUGCAUCCCCUCUGAUGAAGAGCGGUGGAACGACUUGGAGGGUUAUAUUGCAAGAGCAGAAGUGAAUUGGGCACAUUUGACACCCACUGUUGCGCGGACGUUGCGCCCUAUAGUAAUUAGCAAACACCUACGAACUCUCCUCUUGGUUGGCGAGCCAAUGAGUGACGCCGAUAUUGCCGGUUGGAUCGAAGCUGGAACCAUUACAUUCAAUGUCUACGGGUGUACUGAAGCCACAUGGGUACAAGUCUCUACGCCCAAGCAAGGCGCCAAAGUCGGUCGCGGCCAUGUUAGCGGCUAUGGAAUCAACACGAACGUUUGGAUAGUUCGCAAAGGAGGCACGGUAAUCAGUCCGGUUGGUUGCACAGGCGAGAUAUGGCUUGAAGGCCCCAUGGUUACUAAGGGUUACACUAAUGUCGACCCAAUGAUUGCAUCGGAGAGCUUCCCCGAGAGCCCAGAAUGGGCAGAGAACUCUCAACUUGGUCAAAUCAGCAGCGGAUAUAGAUAUUAUAGAACGGGCGAUCUUGGCCGCUUCUGUGCCGAUGGAGCCCUUGAGGUAAUGGGGCGUACCGAUACUCAGGCAAAGCUUGGAGGCCAAAGGCUCGAGCUCUCUGAAGUGGAACAUUAUCUGAGAGAAGCUUCACCUUUUCAAGCUGUUUCAGCAUUCAUACCCAAGGCUGGGUCAUUUUCUGGAAGGUUGGUCGCUGUUUUGGGUGAUCUAUCCCUAGGAACAAGUACCGAGGGCCAUCAACAUUUGCUGCCUGUCCAGAAAGUGUUGGGAUCAGAGCUUGAGCGCUGCUCUUCAUCUAUUACAGCAGAAAUCACCCGGAGACUACGCGAAGUCCUUCCAAAUUUUAUGAUACCUGUGGUAUGGCUGCGAAUUUCUCAAUUUCCCAUAACAGCUUCCGGGAAGUUGGCACGUUCGCAGGUAUUGUCCAAGGUGGAGGCCAUGAGCGGUUGGGCAAAGGACUCUGUCCAAGAUGCACAGUUAAUUAGACAAAGGUCAGACAAAUUACUGGAGACCGCGUCUGAUGGUCCGAUUCGUAAAGAACAAGACUUUUUGCAGAACGUCUGCGCUACUAUCUUAGACAUGGAGCCGGGCGACGUUGACCUCGACAAAUCAUUCGUAUGGCUCGGAGGUGACUCUAUCAAAGCAAUGCAGGUUGUGGCCCGUUACCGAGCGGUAGAAAAACGCAUCACCGUCCACAAUCUACUCACCAGCCAACGCCUAUGUGAAGUAGCCAGCAAGGUUCGAGAGCUGCAUGACGCAACAAACGACAGAAAGGACGAAAAAGGGAUGAAUCAUGGGACCGAAGAGUUACAAGAAAUCCAACACAUUAGAAGAACAACACGACAGCAUAUCCAGGACCUAGGCAAAAAGUUGCUAGCUCUGCCAACAGUAACCCGUCUAGAGGAGGUGGAAGAUGUGUUCCCACUAUCUCCAAUGCAGGAAUCUCUGGCGCUGAGUCUUGCUCGAAUAGGAGGCCGGUUUUAUAUGGAUGAAUUUGUCUGGGAGGUUAGGACAAUGAAUGGCGACCGAAUCGACGUAGAUCGUCUUGAACGUGCCUGGAAGGCAGUCGUGGCACGUCACCAGGCACUUCGAACGGUAUUUGUCGAGGCUGAUGCAGAAGCGACCGCUUUUGAUGAAACGACAACAGAAACAAGUAUGCCGUUAUAUCAGGUAGUACUGAGUCAGAAUUUGGCAAGCUGCAAUCGAGUACAAGCUGCAAGUGGCGAAGAUUCACAACGCGUUGCGCGGAAAUACCCUCGCAUGGUCGACACUUUAAGCCAUCAUCAAAUCAUUCACGGAGGACUGCCUACACACAGCAUGCUGAUGGUCUAUAAUAAUGCAGCAGACGAUGAAGAAUGCCGCAGCAAAAUAUGGUGCAGGCUCGAGGUAAGCCAUUUGGUAGAAGAUGGCAUGUCUAUCUUGCCGAUGCUCCGCGACUUUUCCCUCGCAUAUCGAAACACUGAGGGGCUUGGUAUUGGAAAGUUGACUGUUGGUGCCGAAUUUAUACGGCAUAUUCGUACCCGGCACAGGCGUGAUGCCAGCCUGUCUUACUGGGGCUCGUACUUGAAGGGCGCGGAACCGUGUCUCUUUCCCAGUCUCAUCGACUCGCGCUUGAGUUCAGUUUCCGAGACGGGAGUUGUAAUGCCAUCAGAUGUAGGGCUCUAUGAGCAACGUACGAUUCUAGUUGCGCUCGACGAGAAGACGAAUGGGUUGCAACAGGCGGUAGCACGUCUGGACAUCACAUUGCCCACCUUUUUUCAGCUGGUCUGGGCAAUGGUCCUUCACGUGUAUACUGGCAAAAGCGAGGUGGUCCUCGGUAACAUCGGGUCUGGACGUGACACUCCGAUAAAGGGUAUUGAGGAGGCCUUUGGCUGCUUCAUGGGCAUUCUGGUCUGUCGUGUGGACUUCGGCUAUAAUGACAACGUCGAGGUGGAUGAGCUUGAUCAGCCUCAUCACCCGACACUUCUGAACAUCAUGAAGCGAAUUCAGCGUGAAACGAUCGACGGAAGCAACAACCAGUCAUGCUCCCUUUCCGAAAUGCAACAAGCUGCUGGCUUGUUCCGCGAUAGGUCCUCCAGGGUGCCGUUAUUCAAUUCUGGCAUUUCAUGCCGGCCCCUCGUUACGGAGGAUGAGCAGGAGGGCUUUACGUUGAGGUUCAACCAAGUCGAAAAUAUCGAACUAUCAGAGAUGGACCUGGCUUUGAUCAUAGAGACUGGGAGAAAUGUGACGCGUGUUCACAUUCAAUACCAAACAUCGUUUAUGAGCGACGCAGCAGCGGUCAAUCUCGCAGAGACCGUUAGCUACCUAGCUACGGAAAUAUUACGCAAUCCCCAUAUGUGUGCCCGCGAUGUGGCCAAACUGAGCCCUCACGACCAUGCACAAAUUUGGGAUUGGAACAAGGACUGCCUAGAACCUGUUGAAAAGGUAACGCAUUCUUUUGUCGAAGAGAGGAUGCGGGCCAGCCCGGAGCGCCAGGCCGUGUGUAGCUGGGAUGGCAACAUGACCUACGGUGAGCUGGAUCAAGCAACCCGGCGCACUGCCCAAUACCUUAUGGAAUCAUGCCACGUGGUGCCAGACAGCAUUGUUCCUAUCUGUUCUGAAAAGUCGAUUUGGGCUAUCGUAGCCAUGCUCGGCGUCAUGAGGGCUGGUGGGUGCUUCGUGAUGUUGGACCCUGAUCAUCCGGACUCUAGGCUACUUUCCAUAAUUGAACAGGUUCGCCCACACGUUAUGCUGUCUUCUGCUAAGCAGAGAGAUCGCCUGGAAAGCUUGGCGACACAGCUGUUGAAUCCUGCACCAGGAAAACAAAACGCUACGUUCAUACAAGUGCAAGCCGUCACAGAUGCUUGGGUCAAUCGAGAGCUAUCUCGACGUCUAGCUUCGGACGAACCUAACACGGAAGGUACAUUAUGCUGCGAUGUUCAACCUCAACACGCUAUGUACCUACAGUUCACAUCAGGUACAACUGGGUUACCGAAAGGCAUUGUCAUCUCGCACCGUAAUUUCUCUACGGGCUUCCAGCGCCACUGUGAGGGUAUUGAAGUACGGGCCCACACAAGAGCUCUGCAGUUCUCAUCUUACAGCUUCGAUGCGAGCAUUGGUGAGAUUCUCGCACCGCUAUCAGUGGGUGGAUGCGUCUGCAGUCCCUCAGACGAGGAUCGUAACAUGGACAUCGUUGCCUUCAUCAAACGGACGCAGACGAACUGGGCGGAAUGGACGCCGUCCUUCGUCUCACUGCUCGACCCCGAGGACGUGCCUAGCCUAAAAGAUAUGUGUGUGGCUGGUGAGUCGCUGUCGGCGUCCCUCGUUAACAGAUGGUCGGACCGUGUCAGACUUAUCAACGUUUAUGGGCCAAGCGAAUGCAGCAUGGCCUCGACAAUGAACAACCCAGUGAGGCUGGACUCUCUUCCUUCCAAUAUUGGUCGAGCCCACCGCUGUGUUACAUGGAUUGUUGAUGAAAAUGACCACGAGCGUCUACGGCCAAUCGGAGCCACAGGCGAGCUGUUGAUCGAGGGCCCGCUCGUAGCAGAUCGCGGCUAUCUGGAUCGUCCUGAUGCAACAAGCCAAGUCUUCAUUGAGGCACCAUCGUGGCUACGCGCUGGACGUUAUGCCCGUCCAGGCUCUCGUUUGUACAAGACUGGCGAUCUGGUGCGAUAUAGCUCGGACGGAACUAUCAACUAUAUUGGCAGGAAGGAUACGCAGCUAAAGAUCCAUGGACAACGAGUUGAGCUCGGCGAUAUUGAACAACACCUUCGCUUCUCCAUAGGUCAAAUCUUGAAGAAGGCCUCACCUCCUGUUGCCGUAGAGCUGCUUAAGAAGACUCCAAAAGACACUGGCAUGUUGGCAGCCUUCAUUGUUGUAGGCGACACAGGCGCAGACGAAGAGGCCGAGGGUGAUGUGCGCAAUCAUCAAGACACAAAAAAUGGUGCUCAAAACAGAGGGGAUCAGAAUGAAAGCAAAGUUUUAACUGCUUCAGAUUCUGAGACUCUAUCCAAAUUCCGAUCUUUGGUUGAGCGGAUCCGAAAAUCACCACUGCCGUUGCCGUCCUACAUGAGACCAAGGAUCUUUGUACCGCUCAAGACCCUACCAAUCACUACAGCCGGCAAACUGGACCGCCGUGCUCUUCACCAAAUCGCGUCCACUAUGGGCCGUCAGAACCUCCUUUCAUUUUCACUACAAGAUGAUAAAAAUGGCAGUAACGGAAUCCAUUCUACGACUGAAUUGAAAGACUCACAAGACUCCGAGUCUUGGAUCGAAGUCACCGUAUCUGGCAUCGUCUCAGAGUUGCUUGAAUUGGACGCAGUCAACAUCCAGGAUGACUUUUUUGAUCUAGGCGGCAACUCAUUGUUAGCCAUCAGACUAAGUGGCAUAAUACGCAGACACAACCUCAUUCUAAGCGUUGCAGAUAUUUUUGAAAAGCCUCGCCUUGUCGACAUGGUCUCGAGAAUUACUUCCCGAACAGCGGUGUCGCCUACCCUCAGCAAGAAUACCUUCAACACAGAUCACAGUAACCUACUGCACUCGGAGAACCAAAGAGUGCUUCUGACGCCGUCCCAACUGCUCCGUGAUAGUGGCAUUGUCUCGGACACAUUCUCCCUCGACAAGUUUAUAGAGGGCGUUGCUAACGAGUGUGGCAUGGCAGUUGGUGAGGUCGACGACGUAUUCCCUUGUACGCCACUACAAGAAAGUCUGAUGGCUAUCUCGACUGUCAGAACAACUAACCCACAGCCUUACGUCACCCACCAGGUCUUUUCCCUUUCUGAUCAAGUCGAUAUGGCACGCCUGGCAGAAGCUUGGCAUACCAUUCUGUGCAAACAUGGUUUGUUACGCAGCCGAAUCGUCUCCACGCCUCAGGGAGGAGUGAUGGUAAUGGCUAAGGAACCUGCCUUGUCACAGUGUACUACUCAUAAUUACACCGAGGCCAUGGAUCAGUAUCUAGAUCAACAUCAGAAACAGAUACGCUUUGAGUAUGGCAGUCCACUAAUACGUAUUGACUUCGUAUCUUGCUCUGAGGCUGAAACUGCAACUAAACCUGAGCCUGAUAAUGAGCAUCACAUGAACGGUUUGGCUAAAGAUGCCAGCCGCAGAUAUGCAAUAUUCAGUGCUCACCAUUCGAUCUACGACGGAUGGUCUCUUCAACUGAUAUGGGACGAGGUGGUAUCAGCUUACAGGCAACGACAACAGGGAGAUGUAUCGAUGAAAAUGAAUACAGCAGCAGUGCCUGGUCCAUCUUUCCCGGAAUUUGUGAAAUGGGUGCAACAAAUGGCAGGCGAGGACUCGGAGAAGUUUUGGCAAGAAACACUGGUCGAUGUGGACGCUGAGAGCAGUUCUUCGUUCCCAACUGUCCCAAUCGGCCAUCAGCCCUUGGCCCGGGAGAAGCACACCCAGAUUCUCUCUCAGCCUCAGAAGCCACAACAUUCAAACUCCAGCGUCACGGCGACAACACUGAUUCAAGCCGCCUGGUCCCUUGUUCUCGCUCUUUACGGCGGAACGACGGCUGCGACUUUCGGGGCGGUCCUAUCUGGUAGGGACACGCCGUUAUUGGGAAUUGAGCAGCUGGUUGGGCCAACCAUGGCUACGGUGCCCCGUCACCUACCAGUUCGCCGCGAACAAAGCAUUGCCGACUUUCUUAAUCACGUACAUAGGACUGCGCUUGCAAGCAUGGCUCACCAACACCUUGGGCUUGAUCGUAUCCAACGACUAGGGCCCGGUCCUAGAGCGGCUUGUGAUUUCAAGUCAGUUGUUGUCGUUCAACCUGCCGAAUUCUCAGUCUCGCUAUCCAAGGCACAGAAAGCCAUUGGGAUCUCCAUGAUUGACAAACCACACUCGGCUGUUUCUGAGGAUGGGUUUCACCCUUAUGCUCUCAAUGUCGAGUUCUCGCUCAUGGCAAACGAUUCCAUCGGUGUGGAAGUACGCUUCGAUCCGGACUGCGUGGACAGACACCGUGUACAAAAUAUGGUCCGCUCAUUCGAUGUUCUAUGCCGUAGGAUAGGACAAUCCAGCGUUGAUGAUACGAUUGCCAACAUCAUGUCAGUGCUUACAGACGAUUUCAGCUCAGAUUUGCCUCCACAUCCAUCCCUUCCCUCCGCUAAACAAUUUUCUCGUAUGGACGAUACAAUCACCCAUUUAGCAGCACAGAAACCAGACAGUCAAGCUAUAUUGGCCACAAAUAGCUCGCUGUCUUACCGGCAGCUUGAAACUCAAGCCAGUCAGCUUGCUUGCCAUCUCCUUGCAAGCAAGCACUUUCUCAAAGAUGAGGCUGCGGAAACCGACAGGAAGGAAAAAUUCAUUGCAAUCUGUAUGCCAAAAUGUCCGUUGGCUAUCGUAGCAAUGCUUGCCAUCUGGAAGGCUGGGGCGGCGUUCUUGCCCCUGAAUAUUUCUCACCCAACUUCGCGCUUGGCCAACCUUCUUUCACGAGCCAACACAACGCUUGUUAUCUGUACACGCAAAACGAGCUCAAUGUUUGAAGGCAUUGAGGGGGUCGAAACUUGGGCAAUCGAUGCAGAAUCGUUUCCACUUAGCUGUUCUGCUACGACGAAGAUUAAUCACGCCGUUUCACCGGCUGUCUGUGAAGACAGUGAUAACAAAUCCAUGCGACAAAAAUACCAACCUGAUGAUGCAGCGUAUCUUCUUUACACAUCUGGGACUACUGGAGAACCGAAAGGCGUUGUCAUCCAGCAUCAGGCUCUCUGUAGCGGCAUGGACGCACAGGCAACCGCGAUUCAAUGCGACUCAAACACACGAAUGCUUCAGUGCGCGAACUUCGCUUUCGACGCGUCCAUUUUGGAAAUCUUUGCCCCUUUAAGUGUUGGUGGAUGCGUCUGUUUGCCGAACGAAGCCGAACGUACGGGCGACUUGGCUGGUUUCAUUCGUCGACACGAAGUAAAUGCCUGCACUUUCACACCUUCUCUCCUACGUCUCCUAGACCCAACGGACCUGCCGUCCUUGCGGACCGUCAUCACGGGGGGCGAGCCCUUGAUGAGAGCAGAUGUUGAUGCUUGGCUCGGCGGACUUCAUGGAUACUCAAGGCGAAUGUACAACGUCUACGGAGUGACAGAAGCCUGCGUUGUUUCAGCUGCCAUGCCCUUGACUUUGAACACCAAUCCUCGAACGGUUGGCUAUCCGGUUGGGGCCUCAUUGUGGUUAAUCAGCCCCGUGUCCGGGACUUUCGCCCCGCCAGGUGCUGUUGGAGAACUGUACCUAGAAGGACCAGCUUUGGCGCGCGGGUAUUAUAAUGACGAGCCAAGAACAAGAGAAUCCUUCACCGACGGGUCAGAUUGGUUGAUUGCUAGUGUCAACGGACAUGAUGCGAAACGUCCCCUUCAAGAAAGCAGCUGCCAAAGGCGGGUUUACCGUACUGGUGAUCUGAUGUACAGCAACCAGGACGGAUCUUUGGUGUUUUUGGGAAGAAGAGAUGGACAAACCAAAAUCCGUGGUCAGCGUGUGGAGCCCGAUGAAGUUACCGAUAUGAUCCCUGUGACCCCUUUUGUCCCUGCCGACUGUCUAGUGGCCUUGAUUACCAGCUCUCAGCCGCUAAAGUGCGGUGAUACUGAAGAUCAUCCAGUUUACGAUGUAGAUGGUGUGGCAUGUUCUCUGGCACUACAUUCUGCCGCGGGUGCUUCUGUGAGCAACAAGCCGAUGCUUAACGAUAAGCAAAGUUCUGCUCUGGCUCUGGAAGCUGCAGCGCUGGAUGCUUUUUUGCGUCGACAUGUUCCCGAAGUCAUUGUCCCAAGGGCAUAUAUUGCCGUGAAUGAGUUGCCAGUCACUCCGUCGGGAAAGCUUGACAAUCGCUGGGUCAAUCGAUGCUUUGAGACGCUUACAGCCAACUACGGGCUGAUCUUCCGAGGUUCGGGUGUUGAUUCACGAGAAGAUGAGAAAAGCACAUUGCACCAUCUCACAGGAGAUGCAGGUCUUCUUCAGAAGUGCUGGGCAGAGGUGCUUGCUGUACAUCCUCCUUCUCUCAUUGGAGUUGAGACCGACUUUUUCCAUAUGGGAGGUAGUUCCGUCACCGCAAUUCGCUUGAUCGGCUUGCUACGCAAACAUGGAAGAUUGCUGAAAUACGAUGCUGCAAUGAUGUACUCGCGAUUGGGAGACAUGGCAGCCAAUUUGAUUAAGAUUCAAGAGCAUCGUCCACCGCAACAAAACGGCUCGGACAUUCGCAAUGUCACCACUUAUCCUUUUGAGCUGGUUGGAGAUAGAAUGCAUCUCGACUCCAUACUGAACGAUGUAUUGCCGCAUUAUGGUAUCGAUCGAGCUCAUGUGCAAGACGUUUACCCUUGCACUCCAAUACAGGAAGCCUUUAUGGCCAUGAGUGUCAUUCAUCAGGGAGCGUAUAUCUCUUUCCACACACUUGAGGUUCCCGCCCAAAAGUUUCCAAACUUCAAAACAGCAUGGCACUCACUCCACCAGCGCCACGAGCUGCUCCGAACUCGCAUUGUGCCCUGGAUCAACAGCGAGGAUGCUAAUCCCCUUCAGAGAUCGCUCAGCGCAGCCUUACAGGUUGUCAUUGCUCCCAAUUACGAAACCGAAGAUGUUUAUUGGGAACAGACCUCCGGUAUCGAAGACUUCGUCCGUGAUGUCAAAGAGGGUCAUAGAUACGGGGGGCGACUGGUUAGACUCGCCUGGAUGACACAGCCGGAGAAUAGUAGCAGCAAACGGGCUAAGUCAGCGAUCCGGGUGAUUGUUGCAGCCCACCAUGCCGUUUACGAUGGUUUCUCAUUGAACAUGCUCUGGAGAGACUUGGAAACUGAGAUGCAAACUCUCAAAAAACAGGUGUCCAGCAAUACAGACAAGGCGAGUGCCGCAGUGCUACCGACAAAAGCAGCGUUUAGUGCUUUUGUUCGUCACCUGUGCCGGCUUGAUCAGGUUGAAAUAUUGGCCUUCUGGAAAAAGGCCCUUCUUGGGGCCUCAGAUUGCACACAUUUCCCAGUGACAUUCUCUUCUUUAUCGUCAUCGGAUUCAAGUUCUAGAGAUCAGCCAACAGCUUCAUCCACGCUCACCGGUACAGCCAGUCUUGGCUCUGCUCUGUCCAAGCACCGUCUUGUUGAUUUAGUUCAUGGUGCCUGGGCUCUCACCAUCUCGCAGUACACCGCCAAUCCUGACGUCGUUUUUGGUGUUAUUUCAUCUGGCCGUGAGUCCAUCGCUGGGUUGUCUGAUUUGGACCCAGCAAUGCUGGCUGGGCCAACGAUGGCUUCUGCACCUUUCCGGUUACAGGUCGAUUAUUCGCAGCCUGUGAACGUUUACCUUGAUGAGCUACGGCACAAGUGGCUCGACCUGACGCGCUUUGCCCACAUUGGCAUCCAACGGAUUUCCCAAACGAGCUCAGAUGCCUGGCAUGCAUGUCGCUUUGAGAGCAUCCUUGUCGUACAACCCGAGUCCAACUAUUUAUCUUCAUCAUCUCUCGAGAGCGCUACCAAGGCUAUUGAUGGUACGGAGGGGCCUUUGGUCGACAUUGAGCCCUUAAACACGCCAGAUAUGUAUCCUCAUCCUCUAAUGAUAGAAUGCCUACAGCCGUCACUGAAUGGUAAUGGGGAUCAGGAGGUCACCAUUAAUAUGAGCUACGAUCCGCGCCUGGUCCAACACGCCUUCGCGCAGCAGAUGCUGCGUACGUUUACUACAAUUGUUGCUCAACUUGCCAAGUACAGCACGAUGGACUUCCCAUUGUACAAGUUACGGGGCUUGGCGAUCGAAGAUGAGUCUUUGCUUCUAGAGCGUGCGAGAAAGCAUAAGCUCGCCCCGGUCGAGUUAUGCAUUCAGGACUUGAUACACCAGCAAACAUGCUUACGCCCUGAUGAUACGGCAGUUGAUGCGUGGGACGGCAUUUUGACUUACGCCCAGCUCGCAAAAAUUUCUACACGCCUUGCGAACAACCUUAACAAGGCCCUCGGCGGGUGCCACGGUCGGGCAUUUCCCAUGCUGUGUCAUAAAUCUAAAUGGGCAAUCGUCGCUAUGCUAGCUAUUUGGAAAGCUGGCGGUUACCUAGUCCCUUUGGAUCCAUCUCAUCCUGUUCAGAGACUACGGCUCAUUGCAAAUACUGUGGCCGCUUCUACUGUACUUGUGUCCUCACACUGUCUCUCCACCGCACGAGAGUUGGGUUAUGACUAUGUCAUAAUUGACGCUGAAGCAAGCAUACAGGAUGAAGACAAGGAAUACCAAGAGGAAGCAAGUAAAGAGGAAGCAGCGUCAGGAUAUUCCUGUCCUUCAGAUCUCGUUUACGUCUUGUUCACAUCAGGCAGCACUGGAACUCCCAAAGGAGUAAUGGUCGAACACAGAUCGCUGAGCACAUCACUCGUUGCACUAGGGACUAGUCACAACAUGAGUCCUGCCACACGCACGAUGCAGUUUGCCUCGUAUACUUUUGACGCUAUGCUAGUCGAGAUCUGGAGUACUUUAGCAUUUGGCGGAUGUGUAUGCGUGCCAUCGGACCAACAACGGAUGAAUGACAUCACUGGCUUCAUUGUCGAUGCACAGGUCAACCACCUAUUCUGCACGCCGUCUCUUUCACGAAUGAUUCCCCCAGAAGCAGUUGUACCGUUGCCUCUCGAAAAGCUUAGCCUGGGAGGUGAGGCAAUGUCAAAAGGAGAUGCGGACCGAUGGUGUUCCUAUAGUGUCUGGCUGUCCAACGGCUACGGACCUAGUGAAGCUUGCAUCGCAUCGGCGGUGCAAGUCAUGACUCCUACCACUCCACCUGGCACCGUGGGCUUUCCUCUAGACAGUUGCAGACUCUGGGUCGUAAACCCUCUCAAACAAAACCAAGAUCCUGAUCAUUACGAGCUCGCACCUGUCGGCGCAAUUGGGGAGUUGUACAUCGAAGGUGUUAAUGUGGCUAGGGGAUAUGUUGGCGAUGAUAUCAAGACGGCCGCAGCCUUUUUGGAACGGCCACCCUGGCUUGAACGUUCCGGCGCAAUUGGAACGGGUCCUGAUGAAGAAUAUAGAGUGUUCCGUACUGGUGACCUAGUGUCUUACAAUCUCGACGGGAGCUUGCGCUUCAUUGGUCGCAGAGAUGCGCAGGUCAAAUUACGAGGCCAGAGAGUUGAGCUUAGCGAGAUCGAGGAGGUUAUCCGUCAGCGCAUCCAAUCGUCCAUCACAGUGGCCGUCAGAGUUUUCAAACUUGCCAGUCGCGGUGGUAGUAGGGGAGACGAUGGCACAACAUCGAUGUUGCUAGUCGCCUUUGGCGUUGGCACAAACUCAAAAGAUGAUGCCCGCCAAGGUGAUGAGGGCCGCAAGGACACAGAGACGUUUGUUGUUGACGACCCAGACAUUUUGCUGAAUAUGCGCAAAAUUACCACUAAGCUCCAACAAGAAAUCCGCGCAGUUUUACCAGCGUACAUGAUACCUGAUGGCUACGUGCCGCUUCAGUCAUUACCUUUCAACAGCUCAGGUAAGCUGGAUGAAAAGAUACUGCGGGAACGCAUCGAGUCGCUUAGCCCCGACAAUAUCGCCUCUUUCUCAACUCCGGAUCUCGCCUCGUACAUCGUGGAGCCAGAGAACAAAACUCUAUCAAAUCAAGAAAUGCUCCUUGGUAGUCUUUGGACGCGUGUGCUCAACGCUGAUCAGAUUUCAGAACGCACAUCCAGUCCUUCCAACGAUAUUCGAGGAGGAGACAACUUCUUCAAAAUGGGUGGUGACUCGAUUAUGGCUAUGCGGUUGGUGGCAUUGGCUCGGCAGUAUGACCAAAGACUCACUUGGCGGGAUAUUGUAACCAAUCCCACACUUUCCUCUAUGGCUCGGGCCAUGAAGAACACCAAGAUGGAAAAUGAGGACAUGUCAGUGGUGAAUGAUGAGGAGGAGUACAAAUGGAAGGCCGAGGCGUUCAAAGCCGCGCAAGACGCAGGAUGCCUCCCGCCUGGGGUGGCCAUUGGCGACCUUCUUCCUGCGACACCCAUUCAGGAGCACUUCAUGAAUGCCACCUUAUCAUUUCCCGGGGCACACGUUUCAAGCCUAAUCUUCACCGUCGACCCUAACCUGGAUAUCUCUCGGUUGCAGUCGGCUUUUGAUCGUUGUGCGGUCUGGUUUCCGAUUCUCCGCACCCGCCUCGUCAAGGUCCCUAAAUCAAUCUCCAAUAACCUUGCGCAUGACAGUGUGCCCGAUGAGAUGAUCCAGGUCCCUGUCCCAGAAUCGCCCGCCUGGAAUUUCGCGCAUGGCUCUUUGGAAGAAGCAUUGGAAGUUGAGACUAGAGCCUCGUCUGGCCUGGGGCAAGCCCUCUCACGAUUCUGCGUGGUGGUAGGGGCCCAAGAGACUGAUCCAUCUGGAACGCGCCCCACGCAUCUAAUUUGGACGCAACAUCACUCUUGUUAUGAUGGAUGGAGCGUUCGUGCGCUUCUAGAGCACGUGUCAAAAGCCUACUCUGAUGAGACAUACAAGCCGCCAGCGGGCCUACUCCCUUUUUCCCGGUUUGCCUCUCAUGUUCACAAACUCAACCAGUCGACAGCAGCGCUAAGUUUCUGGUCUUCGUACCUCAAAGGCGCCAAAGCUUCGUCCCUCUUCAACUAUGACAGUGUUCCUGACCCUCGUAGGUCACAGUCUAUGAAGCGCAAACUCCCGCUGCCCCUGUACGAGGCGGAGGGGAGCUCCGUGACAACCGCAACGCUCAUCGCCGCGGCCUGGGCCAAGGUGGUUGGUCGUCUAUCUUCCUCGCCGAGAGAUGUUACGCUGGGCUACACGCUCAGCGGGCGAGCAGGAUCGAUGGUGGGGUUGGAGGACACUAUUGGCCCAUUAUUGAAUAAGGUGCCGCUGCGAAUUCGAGUUCCAGAGGAGUCAGGCGAUGCUGAUGAGCCGACUCUGCUGGCUCUUGUUGAAGAGACGCACAAGUCUCUAUUGCGGAUUUCAGAUCGUGCAGACUGUCCUCGAAGCCAUCAUGGUCACUUCGUCGAGGUUCUAACGAAGUUACCCAUGGAUCUUAUUGUGCAUCCACGGGGCACAUCUGGUGGUGUAGAUCUGCUACCUGGGGCUUCUAUUGGGUUACGGGCCUCUGGAGCUCGCCUUUCAGCUCCCGCACCUGGAUCUUUUUGUGUUGAGGUCAGCAUCCUAGACAGGGGGCUUGAGGUUCUCGCUUUGUGGGAUGAACGGGGUGCUAGAAGAGAACAGGUAGAGGAUGCAGUAGAAAGCUUUGCAGUCCUCGUUAGGAAAGGGCUAUAA